UAAUCAGUUCCUACAUCAUCUUCUCCAUUGUACCAAAAGAAAGAUAAGCUUUACAGAACCUUCCAGAAAAAAAAAACAUUAAAUCUUCAUCCCUUUAUAUAACAUUCUCCUCCUCAAAUAAACAUAUAAAAUUUUUUAAAAAAAAUAAAAAAUGGCGAUUUUUGGUGAUCCUUUUAGAAGAUUCUUAUUGAGUCCACCGAUUUAUCGAACCUUUUCUGGUUCUCCUGCUCUUAUCGAUUGGAUUGAAUCUCGUAAUGUUCAUAUCUUCAAAAUCAAUGUCCCAGGGUAUAGCAAGGAGGAUAUAAAGGUGCAAGUUGAAGAAGGAAAUGUGUUGGUGGUGAAGGCGGAGGGUCGUGGCGACAAGAAGGAUGAAUUCCACGGUAAAGAGAAGGAUACAGUGUGGCAUGUGGCGGAGCGAGGAGGAGGGAAAGGCGAUGAUUUCUCGAGGGAAAUCGAGCUACCGGAAGAUGUGAAGGUGGAUCAAAUCAAAGCUCAAGUUGAGAAUGGUGUUCUAACCAUUGUUGUACCAAAAGAUGCAACUCCAAAAACAUCUAAAGUUAGGAAUAUUAAUAUCACUAGCAAGCUAUAAAAUCUUGGUUAUGGUACAAUAAAUGUUUAAGGAUAGUUUGUGUAUGUUGUCACAAGUUGUGGAAUUGGAUGGGUAACAAAGUACUUCUAGAAUAAAAAAAAGGUUUUUUUGUAUCUUCCCACCUUGAUCUUGUUGAAAUAUUAAUCAAUUUUAAUGA